UAAUUAAAUUUAAUUCGCCGUGAAUCAGCUACUUAACAAAAGUUCGUCACAAUACCUAUAACUUAUAUUUUGAGGACAUUCUAGGUUAUAGCAUCAACACAUGACGGGCGAAGAUACCAAUGAUCCGGAGUGUCAUAACUCGAAUAAUGAAGAAUACUUCAUACCAGGAGCAGAAGAAUUGGAAAGCCUCUAUUUGAUGCUGGAGAAAGGCACUAUUCCGGAGCUACAGUGGCAAUUUCCCGGCCGCCAAACAAUAAAUACGGAAACUACUGGGUCAACGUCCAAAAUCGAACCUGCCACAACUACAAAUGCUGAAACAGAGCCGGCCGCUAAAAAUGAUUUUGACUUUAGCGACGAUAUAGCCCAGCCUCAAAUGCGAGUAAGAAGUCAAAAUUCGACGCCAAAAUCUACGAAAAAGAAAAUUGCAAAUUUUGCGGGUGUCAUGGAGGUACUGAAAAAGAAGAACGCCGAGGGAUCUUCAUAAAAAAAACAAUAAGGAAAGGGGUGCGGGGGGGUUGUGGGGAUGAAACAGUCUAUUCCAAUCUGCAUAGAUAGGAUCGUGCUCAUGUUGUGGAGGGGCUAACGCAAAAGGGCAUUAUAUUUAAUCAAAACAGUCAACCACAAAAGUUUACGUACAGAGAAUUUUUCACAAUAGUUGUGUUUUCGAAUUCUCCAGCAAAAAAUAUCCACUAAGACCCCUUUCAGACACGUCAAGUCUUGAUUAGCUGCGAAUAAGCAACCAAUUUAUCAGAUGUUCAUGAUACCUGCACACUAUUACUGGAUUCAGGUACGCGUACUUUUUUGGAUAUUUUUUUUAUGAGAGCGAAUUCUUAGAAAUUAAGUUAUUUUUACUUGUAACAAUUUGCCAGUACGAAAACAACUGGUCGCAUGUUGAUGGAUAGAGUUUAAACUAAUAAUGAAAUUGU